UUGGCUGACAGAUUGCGUUUUGAUUGUGCUCUGUAUAUACCACUCCAUCAAUGAAUUCCCAUGCUGAUACUAUUUGGGAGGACUUUUUAAAUUCGAAUUACUGAUGUGCUGUGCAAAUUGAUUUGUUUCAGUACCAUGUGAUAAUUGUGGCAGCUAGAACCUAGACAAUUGUGGCUUCUUUUCUCUUCAGCCUUGUGGUAGUUAUCUUGGUACAAUUUUAAUGGAGCAAGUAACUGUAAUUGGAGAAGGUGCAGCACGGUGCACUGAGCUUAGCUGGAGCAUGCUGCCAGGGUUCAUUUCAUUCUUCCAUCAGAAUAUAAAUUGGCCAGACUUGCUAGCAAAGCAUCAGAAGUUGUUUCUUUGUGUGGUGACUGGAGUCGGCCAUGGCCGCGCUGCGACAAGCUUCAACGGCACUCCGGUUGCUGUUCGUGGCUGCGGUGAUCCGGUUGCUGUUCGUGCCCGUGGUGAGCAGCACCGUCGCCUCCAUGGUGGUUCCGGCGAUCUUUGUGUUCGGCGACUCUACUGCUGAUGUGGGGAACAACAACUACUUGCCGGGGACCAGCGCCAGGGCUGAUUUUCCUCACAAUGGCGUCGACUUCCCCGGCGGUGAGCCGACGGGCAGGUUUAGCAACGGCUUCAUUGGCGCCGAUUUCUUGGCUGUCCACAUGGGCUUCAGCGGGAGCCCACCGCCGUACCUCUCUCUCAUCGCCGGCAGUGGCGAGGCAUUGGGCAACACGACGACGAAGAAGCCGGUAGCCGCUUCUGCCUCCAUGAGAGGAGCCAGUUUUGCCUCUGGAGGCUCCGGUGUUCUUGACUCCACGGGAGACACGAUCAACAUGACGAAGCAGAUCGAGUACUUCUCGGAUCUCAAAGACCAGAUGCUGUCAGCCAGACUGGGUGCCUUCGGUGCGUCGGCCUUCCUGUCCAAGUCCAUCUUCCUCAUCAGCGCGGGCUCGAACGACGCCAUCGACUUCUUCUCGCAGGACACGUCGCCGGACUCCACCGCGCUCCAGCAGUUCCGGGAAGCCGUGGUCUCCACGUACGACAGCCAUGUCAAAACACUGUACAACCUGGGGGCGAGGAAGUUCGCGGUGAUCGACGUGGCGCCGAUCGGGUGCUGCCCGUACUGGAGGAGCCGGAACCCGGCCGGGGAGUGCGUCGAGCCGCUGAACCGGCUAGCGAAGAGCCUCAACGAUGGGAUCCGGGACCUGUUCGCCGGCCUCGUCUCCGAGAUGCAGGGCAUGGAGUACGCCAUUGGCAGCGCCUACGAGCUCGUCUCCAGCAUCGUCGAAGACCCGCAGUCUGCAGGGUUGACGGAGUUGAAGAGCGCAUGCUGCGGCGGCGGCGGCAGGUUCAACGCCGACGGUGGGUGCACCCCCAGCGCCGGCUACUGCGGCGACCGCGGCAGGUUCCUCUUCUGGGACUUCCUGCACCCUACGCAGGCCACCUCCAGGCUCGCCGGCCGAGCGUUCUUCGACGGGCCGGAGCGAUUCGUCGGCCCGAUCACCUUCAGGCAGCUGGCCGAGGCGUAGGGUCGUCUUUGUAUCAUUCCACGACAUGAGAGAGAAUCAAAUGUGGUUUUGUGUUUUUUGGGGCCGGUCCAAGUCAAAAUCCUGGUCUUUGCCUUUCGUGGCGGCGACAGUUUAACAACUGGCGCCAAUUGUCCAAAUUGGGUGUUGAUUAAUGAUUAAUGUGCUAUAUAUACA